GCGGGCGCCGCCUGAGUGCGUGUCCGGGAACUGCCGCCUCCCUGCGCCGGCGCCGCACCGCGGGGAAGCGGCCGGAGCGCCCGCGCUGCCGACGACCCACCCGUUGGAGGCGGAGGAGGAGAAGGAGGCGGAGAGGCCGGCUAGGCUGGGCGGGAGGCUGAGCCAGCGAGAGCAGCCGCAGCCCGCAGGAGGCCCCGUCCCCUCUCAAUGGAGGAGCAGCCCGGCCCGCCAGCGCCGCCGCCCCAACAGCAGCCCCAGCCGCCAGCGCCGCCGCCGCCCCACCACCAUCACCACCACCACCACCACCACCCGCCGCCGCAUCACGCCUAUUACUACUACAACCACAACCACCACCAGUACUCGGCCGAGGGCAGCCCCGGCAAGGCCCCGCCGCAGAAGCCGCCCCUGCAAGCCCUGAAACAUGAGCCCAAGGCCGCCGCCGCCGCCGGAGGGGGCCUCCAGCAGCAGGACGCGCCCAGGAAGAAAACAGGCCACAGUGAGCUCAAUGGGAACGUCGGGGAAAGAGACGUGUCUGUAAAGAGUCUGAACGCUGUGGAAGCCGUCAACCUUAUUUCCAGGGUUUCCAAUGGCAGCCAGCAACCCGGGGACACUAGCCUCACCCUCAAACAGACUGUGAAGGGUGGUGCCUUUGGAAAAGCUGGCCUCAAGUCCAAGAGUUUCAUUCCGAAAGGAGGCAUGGACAGAAGGCAUGAGAAAUGUUAUGAAAACAAAAUAAGAGAGAACCAGUCCUCUGAAAAGCCUGAGGUGGUUUCUGUUCCCAAUGGUGUCAUCGUGAGCAGCUGUAGCUAUAUCACCAAUGGUUACGUCAGCAAAGUGUUGGACAAUGAUGGGAGUGGGUCAGAGAGCGGCUACACCACCCCCAAGAAGCGGAAAGGUAGGCGCAACAGUGUCAAGGGCUGCGAGAACCUGAAUUUGGUGCCAGAGAAAAUGCUGCAGGAGCCUGUAGUUGCCCCCUCAGCCUUAAAGCAGGAAGCAGAAGGCUUCAAAUCUGACUGUGUUGAAAUGAAGGGGAGCAGAGCGGAGGGCGUGAAACUUGCUUGGAAGUGUGAGACGGGGGCCAUGGGAGCAGGCCGUGGGAAGCUGAGUGUCGGGGAUGUACAGCGGAAGAACUCAGAUGCCAAGGUUGGGGUCCCUAGCAAAAAGUUUGAGGAGCGGCCCAAGGGGAAGCCCGUGUCAGCAGCCCCCUCCAAAGAGGAUUCUUGGACCCUCUUUAAGCCACCACCGGUUUUCCCGGUGGACAACAGCAGUGCAAAAAUAGUUCCUAAGAUCAGUUAUGCAAGCAAAGUAAAAGAGAACCUCAACAAAGCUGCGCAAGCCCCAUCUUUGUCAUCAUCUUCUUCGUCGUCCUCCUCCUCCUCCUCCUCUUCCUCCUUGUGUUCAUCAUCUACUGCUGAAGUCCAGCCCUCCAGCCGUCUUUCUCAAGUCCCCAUGUCCGCUAUGAAAUCUGUUACUUCUGCUAGCUUUUCCAAUGGUCCACUUUUAGCGGGGGCUGAUCGCAGUGUGUGUUCUCCAGGGAGCCAGUCGCUGCUUGCACCUGCUACUAGUGCCAUUUUGCUGGCCUCCUCCGAGUCACUACCCCAGGAAGUGGGUACGACCUCGGCUGCAGAGCAGAAGAAGUCGAGUCUUUUUAUCUACCCUUCAAAUAUGCAAGCCGUUCUCCUCAAUGCCACGCCGGCUGAGCCCUCGUUCCAGGCAAACCAGCAGAGCCUUGGUGACAUCUUCCAGAACCAGUGGGGAUUAUCAUUUAUAAAUGAGCCCAAUGCGGGUCCUGAGACUACGCCUAGGAAGUUGGUGAACAAUAAAUCCGAGGAGGUGAUAUUUCCAGGGGGAUGUCCUACUGCUUUGGCACCAGAGGUUGCUGAGACAGCUCCCAUGGGACCUGACCAGCCUGUGUUCCCCAAGGCUUACGAGCUGGACAAACGGACUAGUCCGCAGCUCCUUGGUGGCAUCCUAAAGCUUGGGACUGCUGACGAGGGGGGUGGUUUUUUGUUGGAAUCCCACCAAUCAAGUGGUCUGCACCCAGCCGAACUUAGUAGUCCAGGGGCAUUUAUCUUUCUCUCCAAGGACUAUCAUGUAGAGAAUCAGCUGGCCUCCCCUACGAACGGUUUAUUAGCCUCCACCAAAGAACAGAGGUACCAGAGAGGCCUAGAAAAGAAAGAGAGCUGGGGUGAUUUUGACCUGAGGGCUGCUGUUCUAUAUCACACUCAAGAAAUGGAAUCUCUUUGUAAUUUGCAAAAGCAAGAUCCCAAAAGGAUAAUCACUUACGGUGAAGCCAUGGAUCACCCUGACCAGUGAGGCGAGUGAGGAGGUGCUACCUGAGGGGGCUCCGGCAGCAACCAUGUGCCGCUCACAGAGGCCAGGCGGCGACUGCUUGGUGCUCCUACUGGAACUGUCCGGCAUGGCAGGGGAAUCUGAACUAGAAUUGCAGGAUAAUAUAUACAAAUAUAUAUAUAAAUAUAUAUAUAUAUAUAUAUAUAGUUAUUUUAAAAAAUUAAAAAGGGCCUCUGGGCAUGAGGAGACUUCACAAGAAAUUGGUAGAGACUUGCAUUAUGGGAUUAUUUAAACUUCUGGUUCUGAACUUUCACUUUCUCCUCUCCCUGCAUUUGUUCUGUUUUUGUUUUUUGUUCCAAGAGUGGACCUGAACUCCAAAUGGACACAGGCUUGGCCCACCCUGCUGGCUCUGGCCAUUUGUAGGGGAGGGGGCUUCAGCUUUGGCUGGGACUCUGCAGCCGUCUUGAACACGCUAAUGAUGAGAAACUACCUGGGGGGGGGCAGCCCUUGGCCUCUCACCUCUCCUCUUGCCUGCUGCUCGCCACACCUUUCCCUUCCCCCUGCUCCAGUUUUACUUGAAUCCUGCUGAAGAAGGCUGGGGAGGGGGGAACUUGAGCAUUGCAGGGGUCUUCUCUCCACAGUGGAAGUGAAGGAGAGGUGUGUGUGUGUGUGUGUGUGUGUCUUAAAACCUUGUGUGUCUUCUUCCCUUUGGGGGAAGUCAUCACCCUGCGGUUCUGGAAUCCACAAGGUUGGCAUGGCAUUCCGUUGUACUUCUGGGAGAAAUGUGUCAUCUUGACAGACCCUGUCCAGAAUUUUAGAUCAUAGUUUGUUUUAUUAAGGCAUUCAGGAUGUUUUGGGGAGAAGGGACUAGUAGCCUAACUCCCAUAAUUUUACGCCAUAUCCAUUGGAGCAAGCAAAAGCCGUUCAGCUUGUAGGUACUUUGUAUUUUUCUUGCGUCUCUUAACACUUGGCUGGCUGGGUUUUUUUUGUUUUGUUUGUUUCAUUCUCUGUGGUGAAGCUGAAACAGACAGAAGGCUGUGUUUUUGCUAACUUCAUAGGUAGCACUUGCACAUACCUCUCCCCUGCCCAUUAACUUUUGCUUUCCCUGGAAAUUAAUUUUUAAAAAGAAAGAAAAAGCUCCGUGCUCCCCUUUUCUGCUCCCUCCAUCUGCCUUCUACCCUUCACGCCCUCAAAUUAAAACCCUCUUCAGGUUUGACCCUAAGGCGGCCAUUCUAGCUUAUUAACACUAUAUAUUAUGAUUAUUAUGAUUAUUAUUCUGAGCUCUUAUCUCCUGCUUUACAAUAGAUGUCAUCACAAGAGCAGAACUUGGGGGAGAGUGAAGGCUAGAAUUGAAACAGAAAAAUACAAUUUAAAAAAAAAUUAGGGCAGGAGGGACUAGGGCUUGACAAGACUGAAGCUGCAGCUAAACGUGGAGUGUGCUGAAACCGGGGAAGGCUGCAAAGAGGCAGGCAUGGGUGCCUGCUUGGCAUGCGAGGGAAGUCACUCGCACGUCCGUGCCCUAGGACCCCCUCUCCCGAGUUGACCAGGAAGACAUCUGCAGCAGUGCUUUGUGUUUGGUUCAUCAUGCCCCUUUUUGGGUCCUGCUGCGCUGUUGGGAGGUGAAUGACCCAACUUUUCUCCCCGCCCCCACCACUUCAGAUCUGUGCUGCCACCAUUUUUAAAUUUUUGUUGUGUCCUUAACAUGCCUUUUAAAAACUCUCUUUGCUUCUAUUAAAGUUGCUCCUGGCAAAAAAAAAAUAAACCUUCACUUGGAGCCCUUUCAAAGACUUAGUUUUUUCCUUUAGCAGUGCUUUUAAAAAAAGAUUAUUGAUCACUGUUCUGUAUCUUAGAAAGAUUCCCUGCACACACUUUCUCUGAAGUGUUUGGCCAGUUACAGCAGUCUGGGAAUCUUCUGUGGGCAUGGUGUCUUUUUUUAGUAGGUGUCACCUCUUGGCCAACAACGGAAGACAUCUAAGUGGGACAUGGGGGGAGCAGGGUACACAAGAGGUGGAGCCAGAGUGCUCUUCAGCAGCCUGCAGGUGGCAUCCACAUGGUAGAUCUCUUGAUGUUUGGACCCAAAGGUGCUGCUCUUUGGCAUCUUCUAGCUGUACAGAGAUGCAAAUGCUGUAGAUAAAGAAAGCACAGUGCUCCUUACCCAGCGCAGAUUGUCUGCUCCUGCUUUUGCUGGGUGGGAGUAACUGCACCGCUGUGCUGGUUGCCUCACUGUUCACUGGCCUGGAGCCCAAAGGAGGCAACAUCUCCAUUCUCGAGUGCCCCAGCCUGGUGUGCAAUGCCCCUCUUCUACACACACAUGCCCUUUUAAUAUUCCCUUAACUCUUUGCUUGUUGAGUUGCUUUUCUCAUGAAGUCCGCACAUGAUUAUCUGAGUGCAUAAAAAACAGAAGCCUAACAAUUUUUGUGUAGAUUUAAGAGUGGUAUGUGUGUGUGUUUGUGUGUUGGGAGGCAGCAAGUGAGCUGUGUCUGACCUAGGACAUGGAAACCAUGCAGCGGUAGAAAUGAGAAGAAUGUCAGAAUGAGGUGGUGGGAAGAGAGCUGAAGCCACAUGGGCGGGCUGGUGUUUCAGGAGGGUCUUCUUGGUUUAGUUGCACUGCUUUUAUUUAUGCUGCUUCAAGAUGUCCCUACAUAAAUCAGGUGCACUAAUGUGCAGAGGAUGAGGCAGCACUCCUGUUUCUGAAUGGCAACCUUUGAGAAUUUGUGCGGUGCCCUCGGUUGGUUUUUUCCAUUCACAAGAGGGUCCCCAUCACUUUCAUUGGAUCCCCAUCUGGCGACACUUAAUGGAAGUAAGGUUACCAACCUCCAGAUGGGGCGUGGAGAUCUCCUGGAAUCACAGUUGCUCUCCCGACUAGAGAGGUCAGUUCCCCCGCAGAGAAAAUGGCUGGUUUGGAGGGUAGACUCUUGCGUUAUACCCCACUAAGUGUUUUCCGCUCACCAAACCCCACCCUCCGCAGGCUCCACCUUCAAAGUUCCAGGAAUGUUGGCAGCCCUAAGCAGAGGGGGAGUUGUGUCACGUCUCUUGUAAAUGAGAGGCAGAUGUUGCCUAGGAAUGACUCCGGUCUGGUUAGCCAAUGAGCAGGUUAGGCAGUUCCUGGACCUGCAAGCAGGCGGCUCUCCGAUCAGCUGUUCUCUACAUCUUAGACUCCCACCGCUUAGAAAACUAGUUUGCUUGGGGAAGCCUUUCUCUCUAUUUUCCCACCUGCUGUCUGGAGUUCCACUCAGGAAUAGAUUGGCCAUCUUGGACUGAAUGAGGCCUAAGACUGUCCUGCUCUUUGUUAAGAUAGCCAUCCCUUAUUACCCGCUGAGCUUUGUUUUAUGAAGAAUUUAGUUGGCCAUUAAUAAAACCCAUUUCUAAUUCCUGGUGAAUGCUCUGAAGCUAUUUGUGAUUUGGGAAGGACUCUCUUCUUGUUUUUGAAUGUAGCCGUUUUUAUCCAACUUUUAGACAGUCAUGCGAAUUGCCAUCAGCAAAAACUGCAGUCCCGCAGAUCAGAAAAGCACACUGAACCCAGAGUUUUGUUGCCCACAACUGUAGUCUUAAGAAGAGGUGAGGAAAGGCAAACAUGACACUACUUCCUGGUUCUUCGAUCUUUGUGCACCAUCAGCUCUGUGGCAAAUCCCAUGCCUGCAACUCCCCUCCCCCAGUCUUUCUGCCUUGUCUUUUCUGUAAUGAACUUCUCAGGUGCUAAGCAGAGGCUUGCAAAGAGGCACUGCUUUUAAAGUCUCUGUUUUACUCCUUAACAAUGGGUGUUAAUGUGUGUGUAGGUGCUGUGGAGACAGUAUUUCACCAGAAUGUAUUGAUUUUAGUAUGUCUGUAGUCCUGCCUCUUCAAUUUGUGAACUCUCUCUUGUGGCGGGGAUGUGUGUGUGUGUGCAGUUUUUACACUUUUGUUACGGAAGGAUCGUCUUAUGCCCUAUGAAGACAUUUCACUAGGCCAUACUGCGUUGAACCUGCAAUUUGAUCCCCAUUUUUGCUGAUGCUGCACAAGCAACUGCAGGCAUGAUGGGCCUUCAGAUGCUGGAGUCUGUUCCUGGGCAUGCAUUCAGGCACCCCAUUAGCACCCCUGGGAACUGAGGCUCCAAUCCCAGCUAGGUGACUCUUCCAAGAACAUGAAAUGUGUAUGUGUUGUGCUUGGGGAGUAGGUGAGUUUUUCCACAUAAAAUAGAAAAAGGCAAACUUCAUUUCCAGAAAUGCUGUCUUUUUCUCCCCCCCCCCCCUCCAUAUUGCAACCAAAUGAGUUCAUUUGUAUGUUAAGAGUUGGCAGGGGGAACCCAUUCAUCAGUCUUUCCUCUUGCCAUUGAUGGUGUUCAAAGAUAAUCAAUAUAAACUAGUUUAAAACUGGUUUCCUGCUUGUAGCUUUACCCCACAAAUCUUUUGAGAUUGUAGCUAUAUGAGGAUGCCCAGAACUCUUUGUGAGGAUUCCCUAGUGUAUACAUUUCCCAGGAUUUCCAGUUUGGUCGUCGUGACGCCAAACGUAGCAAAUGAAGUGUCCUGGUAAAUGCACCGUGGAGGCCUCCUUUGGUUUCUGAGAUGUCUCUUCAUGUAUUGUUCUUGGGCUGUAGGGAUUCCUGGAGAGUUCCUUGUACGCCAUGGAACGCAGGUGCAAUACCUUUUGUGCCAUUAUCUUUAUUGGUUUUGUUGACUGACCUGUCCCCACCCCAAAGUAGCAUUGGUGACCGGGAAAAUGUGUGAACACUACACUACUUGCCAGUGGAACCGGAUCCCUUUCCGGAAGCUGGCCUGUUCGGGUUUACUGUCGCUUUCUUGCAUUGUGAUGGGCGCUAUUUCUAACCACUUUAGAGCAAGGCCUUUGGUGCAAGUAGGGAAUACUGGCCAAACAUUUACUGUAAUUAAAUCAAACCAUCAGUAGUCCAUGUUCAUUAGGGAACCAGUGAAGGCCCCAAAACCAUACAGCGGCCCAAACUGUCAUGCUUUCCUAAAUCACCAAGCCCAGACUAGCAAUCUUGGGAUUCCAAAAAUCCAUAUGAGAAGCAGCACGCUUAAGGGUAGAUUGCUGUAAACUUCUUGCAGUAGAAAACUUCUUUAAAGGAAAUGGGAACAAUUGUGGGUGGUGCACAUGGCAUAGGGUCGCCCAACUGUCCCUUUGGGUUGGCAGAAUCCUGCCUGCAGCUGCCCUUGCCAGUAUUCAUUUGUUCGUUCCGUCUCUUUGGGGCUUUUCUGCAACAUACAAUGUGCCUUUCUUGUAGGGUUAUGUUUUAAUUAAAUGAUACGCCAGUUAAUUUGGCUGUCCUCAAGGUUUGUAGGAGCAGCUCUGCUCCUUUGCAUGGCCAAAUAACUUGUUUCUUGCUGUUGGGAUUUGCUCAACUGUUUAUCUCGGGCCAAACCAACAAGGUCGCUGAUUUGAGCUGUACAUCUCUUAACUGCUCCAGGAGCGAAACCUGGAGUCUCUUUUCCCCCCGUUUGUGCGUGUGCUUCGUUUUGUGUCUUGGAGCUGAGAAAUUGGGUGUGCCAUCCUUGCCUAGUGAGAAGGUACUUUUGGAAUCUCAGAAGAUGUGUGGUCUUUUGUGUGUGUUACUUUAAAGAUACAAACCCGCACAACUAACCACAGGGUGUUAUAUCCAAGUCGAAGGGGGGGGGAAAUCUGAGCUUGGGUUGUAAAUUCAGUUGACUAAGAAUUCCUUCCCAAGACUUCACUUUUUAAGAUGGGAAGGCAGCACCUUGCACUACGAAUACUUUUUAAAAUCCCGAGAGACGGCUUUGGUCUGCAUCCUUGCACACGAACUGUGUUUUCUAACAUAGGCACAAACUACACAGUUCUGGCUUUUCCCCACUCCCCGUGUGUUCAUACUUUGUGUUUUAAACCACCUCUGUGUUUAUCCCACAUAUAUUAGAUUUUUUUUUUAAACAAAUAUGUUUUGCACACUCGGGUUUUGCUGAAACCAUGAGGGAUGUGAGGUUUAGUUCUUAAAGCAGAUGAAAUAAAACUAUGCAUAUGUUUUGAAACUUUUUUCAAGUUUGUGUUUCAUUACUAGGAGAGACAGAGAGUACCAUCCUUGGCAGAUUUUCUUGUUGUGAAGUCUCUCGAUUUCCCCAAUAUUCACCUUCCCUGUGUGCUUGCUUCACUCUUUAGUUAAAAUAUGUGUGUCCCUUAUAGACAGAUGAGUUGAACUGGCGCUUCCCUCACUUUUGAAAGAUUUUGAAAGUCGUGUCUCAAUAGCAGAGUACUCUUCCUCCAAAACAACAUUGCUUUCCCUUUGGAGUCCUGUUUAAUGUAUAAUUCGAAAUCCAAACUUUGGCUCUGGGAGUUGAUGCACGUUGGUAGUGCAAAGCUUGACUCUUCAGAAAUAAAACUUGGAUUCUAAGGCUCUUCUCUUAAGUUUUAGGCUCUAAAUCUUGAGUUUGGUGCCAAAAGCAUGACAGCUCAUCAGUUGAUACGGAUUCCCUGCCUGCUGUCCCCAGCCUGUUCCGGCACCCUGUACAAGUGACAGAGGCUGGACUGCUACCACCUUCUCACAGAAACUACGUUCAUCUUGUGCUGCCUGUUAAGCAAUUUCUUGGCUAGUAUAAACCCCCAAGACCUCCUUGGGUAGUGUCUAAAAGUUAAACCUCUCAUUGCUUUCCCAGUGCAAAGAGUUCAUCCUUUCUGCUCUUUGGCUGCCUUGACGGGGCUCUACUUGACUUGUGGGGGGGAAAUGAAAAACAUCUUUGGCUCCUCUGCCAUUCUCUUGCAGUGUUAUGCUCCACAGAUUUGGAUAGGGCGGAGGUCUGGUUUGCUAGUAGAUCCUAGACCUGAUCCACCACUUGAAGGUUCAGUGGAUUUCAGGGGACCCCCACCCCACCCCUGCGCACGCACACACUCUGCAAGGAAUGAAUGAAAGCUGCCUAGGCUGAGAGUGGCUGGCGCUUCCUGCUCAGUACUUUCACGAAGCCCUUUCGAUGGGUAUGGUUUUACUGGCUCUUUUAUCAAGACCCUAUGAAGGGCUGCUUGACAAGCUGUGUAAAACGGAGUUUUGUGUUUGAAUUACUCUGCGGCAAGAGGCAGUUCAGCCUUGGCUGUGCACACAAGGAAUGAUCUUUGGGAGCCAUUUUGGCUUAGUAGCAAACUGUGUUGUAUGGGCAAGCCUGCCGUGGGGAAGGGCACAGGUGUGCUAGCCUGCCCUGAAGUUAGGGCAAUACACAUGUGGGGCCUUGAUUGCCUUCCUGCCAUUUUUUCCAGGGGAGAGAAGUUUGCAUUGUACCUAGUUGCAAAGUGGAACAAAUCGGGGAGGGACUCAAGUAAAAAUGGCGGGGGUGUAUGUCUUCUUGCCCUUCUCCUCAGACUAAUCUUAAAAGGCUUCUUUUCUGUUAGGGGUCAGUUUGUCAGCUAUGGGAGUGACAAUUUCCAAUCAACAUUUCCUCUUGAGUUCUAUACUACACAUUUUAAAUUUAAGUUGCCCACUUAGGAAGUGUUUAUAUUUUAAAGAGAAAAGCCCUCCAUUGCAAUAGACAGAUGUGUGUAGAACAAAUACAUUAAGACAGAUGCUACAUGAUGAAUAUUGUUGAAUAAAAAUUUAUGUUCCUGUG